AUGAAUGUGUUGAGCAUAGCGGGCUCCGAUCCCUCGUCUGGCGCAGGCAUUCAGGGAGACCUGCGCACGUUUGCGGCGCUGGGGCACAACGGGUUCUCUGUGGUUACGGCGGUUACCAGCCAGAACUCUUCGGGGUUUGCAGGCGCAGAGCCGGUCUCGCCGGGGCUCGUCAGGAGCCAGAUGGACUCCGUGCUGGGGGAUUUCAGAGUCGACGCGAUAAAGAUCGGCAUGGUAUACAGCUCCAAAGUCAUCGGGGCCGUGCGCUCGGGACUGGCAGGCGUCACGGCGCCCAUGGUUCUGGAUCCCGUGAUCGAGUCCACCACCGGCGGCACCCUGCUGCAGAAGGAGGCGGUGCCGGACUACCUAGGCCUGCUCCCCCUGGCGUUUGCGGUAACGCCAAAUGCGGCAGAGGCCGAGGCGCUGACAGGCGUGCGCGUCAGAGCCGCAGGCGACGCGCCGAAGGCUGCACAAAGGCUGCGUGACAUGGGUGCAAGAAACGUGAUCAUUACCGGGCUGGAGUCGGGAGGCAGCGUCAGUGACUGCGUCUGCACCGAGUCGGGGGUCUACUCCAUAUCCGCAAGGCGGAUAGGCAGGCAAGUGCACGGGAGCGGGUGCGCCUACUCGGCCGCCUUGGCCGCAUCCAUAUCAACAGGCUUGGGGAUCGACGAGGCGGCAAGGCUUGCAAAGCGGUACGCUGCAGACUCGAUAAGGCAGUCCCGUAGAAUCGGAGGCGGCAUUGCCGUUGCAGGGGCGUCCACGUCCGGAAUGGAGUCAGAGAUGCAAGACGCGGUGCGGCGCUUGGUCGGGAUGGAAAACAUCCACAGACUGAUUCCGGAGGUGCAGAUGAACUUUGGCUACUCCCGAACCCGGCCGAGAUCCAGGCAGGACGUGCUUGCGGUGCAGGGGCGCAUUGUGAGAUCCGGCAGGGGCGCGAUAGUCGCGGGUCCGCUCGUCUUUGGCGGCUCGAGACAUGUGGCGUCUGCCAUACUGCAGAUGAACAAAAAGUUUCCCCAUGUGCGCUCGGCCCUCAACAUCCGGCUCGGGCAGGACGUGCUAAAAAGGAUGCAGGAGAACGGCAUGACCGUGCUGUCAUACGACAGGCGGGGGGAGCCGGACGAUGUCAGGCGCAAGGAAGGCGGCUCGGUAUCCUGGGGGAUCCGGACUGCCCUUGACGGUGCCGCGUCGGCUCCCGACGCCAUAUUCCACGAGGGCGGCCCUGGAAAGGAGCCCAUGAUCAUGGUAUUUGGGGACGGGCCCGGCGACAUAGUCCGGAAGGUGGGGCUUCUUCUAUAA